AUGCAAUGGGUUCUGCACAUCGAUGGUAUCUUCCUCCUACUACCUGCUUAUGCAUUAAUGCUGCUGUGUCACUGGGGACCUUCGGAGCUGGAAAAUUACAAUGAGACCUUCACCGACUUCAUCCUGCUGGGUCUGUUCCCCACAUCGAGUCUUGGUCUUUUCCUCUUCACUCUCACCAUCCUCAUCUUCCUGAUGGCCCUGAUCGGCAACCUGUGCAUGGUGCUGCUCAUCCUCCUGGAUUCCCAGCUCCACACACCCAUGUACCUCCUGCUCAGUCAGCUCUCCCUCAUAGACCUAAUUUGCAUCUGCACCACUGUGCCCAAGAUGGCUUCUGGUUUCCUGUUUGGGAACAAGUCCAUCUCCUUCAUUGGGUGUGGAGUUCAAUGUUUCUUUUUUGCGAUGUUAGCAGGUUGCGAAGGACCUAUUCUGAUGUCUAUGGCCUAUGAUCGCUAUGUGGCUAUUUGCUUCCCUCUGCACUACCCCAUCCGCAUGAACAGAAGAGUGUGUGUGCUGAUGAUCCUGGGAUCCUGGGUCAUGGGUGUUGUCAACUCCUGUGCUCACACAGUCUAUGUCCUCCACAUCCCUUACUGCAGGUCCAGGGCCAUCGAUCAUUUCUACUGUGAUAUCCCAGCCAUGGUGACUCUGGCCUGUGAGGACACCUGGAUCUAUGAGUACACUUUGUUUCUCAGCACGGUCACCUUUCUCCUAUUCCCUUUCAUAGUCAUAGUGGGUUCCUACGGGAAAGUGCUCCUUGCUGUCUACCGCAUGCGCACACAGGAAGGCAGGAAGAAGGCCUAUUCCACCUGCAGCACCCACCUCACAGUGGUGACUUUGUACUAUGUACCUUUUGUUUUCACUUAUCUCCGCCCAAAGUCCUUCCGGUCUCCAGCAGAGGACAAGGUGGUCUCUGUCUUCUAUGCCAUCCUCACCCCAAUGCUCAACCCUGUGAUCUACAGCCUGAGGAACAAGGAGGUGCUGGGGGCCCUGGCAAGAGUGGCUGUGAAGUUCCGUUCUACCACAAUGUAA